AUGGUGUUUAAUACGAUCGACUUAGGUGACACCAACACACCUGACGAUAAGGAAUUCCAAUCAAUACUUUCUCCACCAGGAAACUAUCUCUCCCCCGCAUCUCUAGAUAGUAAUUCCUCAUACAGUAACGGUAAUAAAUUUACAAUCGGUAAUAGUUUCGAACGACACACGUUGAGCGUACCAACAGCACCUGCAUCUAUUAUAAAUGAUAGGCUUCAGCCGUUUGACUAUUUAUACAACAAUAAGCUAAUGGCCGCCAUUGAUAAUCCCGAAAUUAAGAAGGAGGAGAAUAGUCCCAACUCAGAGACUAAAUCCAAUUCAACCAAUUUACCUGAUUCUGACACCAAUGCUAAGAAGACAAAUAUUGUAAAGAGAAAAUAUUCGAGAAACGGGUGCGCAGAAUGCAAGAGGAGGAGAAUGAAAUGUGAUGAGACCAAACCUAUAUGCUGGCAAUGUGCUAGGUUAAGCCGUGAAUGUGUUUAUAUAGUCAAAUCUGGAAACAAGAAAAGAAAGAGUAAAUCUGCCGGUGAAUCUGCAGAAAAAAGAUGUAAGAAACCAAUGAAAGAAGAUAGUUCAUCAGCAGAAGAAAACAAGUAUACAAAAGAGUUUGUUAGGGAACAAAGAAUGAAUUCGUUUGACCAACGGUCCCUUGAAGUACCCAACUUGAUCCCUGCUAGUACCAUGGAUGGCUAUGAUGUCAAUCUUCUGAUGCAAAAUCUCAAUGAUAUGGUUAGUAUGAAGUUAAAUGAUUCAUUUUUGUUAAACGAGGGUUUGAAAGAUUUGGAUCUACCGGAUCUUGGUAUUCCUGAUUUACUUCCAUCGCAUAACCCACCAAAAAGUUCUGUCCCAAUAUCGUUCCUUGUCAACAAUUCAAUCACAUUUAACACAGAUAUAACCUCGAUUAAACUUGGUGGUGUUCAUGAUACCUAUCUGAAAGUUUUCUAUUAUGAUUGUCUAGAUUCAAUUGCACCCUUUUUCCAAGAACAAGCAAACCCAUUACGUGAUAUUUUACUUUCUUUUGCAAGAAACGAAUCUUAUCUAAUGUCUGCAAUAUUAGCUGUGGGUGCAUCUAUAUCUCAUAGAAAAACGGGCAAUAUAGAGGAUGAAAGGAAUUAUUGUGCAUAUUUAUCCCACUGUCUAAGCCUACUUGGAGAGCAAUUUAAAAAUGAAUCCAAUGUGAUCAAUAAAAUUGAACCUAUUAUAUUAACAGUCAUCAUGUUAGCAUGGGAUUGUAUUUAUACAAUGAAUUCACAAUGGCGGUCACAUUUAAAAGGUGUUACAGAUUUAUUUAAGAAGAUUACGGUUGGGAACUCAUCGAAAGUUCUAAAUGUAGCAAAAUGUUGGUUUAAGGUGAUGGAAACAUUUGCCAGUAUUAGUACAGUUUUAGGUGGGUCAGUGACGGAUGAUUCAGAUCUUGACCUUGUGUUUGAUCCAUAUAAUGAUCAAUAUGUUGAUUCACUAAAAUCUUUGAACAUAAUGACUCCACUAAAUGAAUUCAAUUUGUUAAGAGGCCACAAGGAAGACUUUGAUUUGGUUAUCAAAGAAGUUAUUAAAGCCUUAAGUUCCAUUAGAAGUUCUGAGAAGGCCUAUUUUUCUGAAGGAGAGGGUAUUUUCACCAAGAACCAGGACUAUCUUUCUUGGUCUACCCAAGAAAGCUCUGAAAAGUCAAAAACGUCUUUAUCAUACUUCAAGACACAAAAGAUACUGGUGGAAAUCGACAGACAGCUAGAAUAUGAGUUUAUUGAUAAGUCUGGUAUAAUUCCACCCAAUAGUCAAUCACAUCCCAACAAUAGUCACAUAGAAGACAAUGCGAUAGACAUAGUGACGUUAAGAAGUGGGGAACAGAUCGCUAUUAGUUGGUAUGAUAUAUCACAUCAGACACAAGUACUCUCCUUUCUGCUCAUUGUCUUAUUAAAACUAUUAGGUAUACCGAAAGAAUCAAUUACCAUUCAGCAGGUUGUUCAAAGGAUUAUGUCUUUUUUUAAAUUCUUGGAUAGUGAUUCUCCACCUCAGAAUUUAAGAACUUGCUAUUGUAAUUUUGCUGUAUUAAUUGCGGGGCUGAAUGCUAUGGACGAAAAAACGAGAGAUAUUGUCAGAGAUUAUUAUAAAUUGAAUGGUAGCAAAUUCCAAAGACUAACAAAACAUAAUCUUAAUAGACUUGAAAAAGUUUGGUAUAGUAAAGAUGGCAGUUACAAGCUAGCUGAUCAAGAUGUGUUAACCUGGUAA